UCGCCUCCAUUGACUCCGUCAGCAGCAGCAGCAGCAUGGAGGCUCCGAGCCGCGACAUCUAACACCGAGCAGCGGGAGGUGGCGGCCACCAGGACAGCGGGGGACAGCGCUCCGGAGGGAUCGGCCACCGAGAGGGCCAAAGUGCGGUUGGUGUUCGGCGGCAGGAGCGGGGGGAAGCCCGCCGCGCUGAGCAUGAAGCGGACGGCCGCGGCGUCCAGGCACAAUGGCCUCGUCUCCCCGCUGGGGAACAACAACUCCGGGGCUUCCAGCAUCGUCUCGCCGCCGCCGCCGCACGGAGCCUCCCCGGACAUCGGAGCCGCCGGGGCGACGGAAGGCCUGCUGGAUUUCUCCACAGGCCCGGGCAUCAAGAGCGAACUGGUGUGCAAGUGGGUCGAGCGAAGUUCGCCCCGAGCUCGGCCGGGCCGGACCGUCUGCGAGCAAACUUUCGGCUCCAUGCACGAGCUGGUGGAGCACGUCACCAGCGAGCACGUCGCGGCGGGACUGGAGAGCCUGAGUCACGUCUGCAUGUGGGACGCGUGUCUGCGCGGAGGGAAGGCGUUCAAAGCCAAAUACAAACUCAUCAACCACAUCCGCGUGCACACCGGGGAGAAGCCCUUCUCCUGCGCCUUCCCCAACUGCGGCAAGAUGUUCGCCCGCUCCGAGAACCUCAAGAUCCACACGCGCACGCACACGGGGGAGAAGCCGUUCCAGUGCGACUUCUGCGAGCGGCGUUUCGCCAACAGCAGCGACAGGAAGAAGCACUCGCAGGUGCACACGGCGUCCAAGCCCUACGACUGCAAGGCGCUGGGGUGCACCAAGUCCUACACCCACCCCAGCUCCCUGCGCAAGCACAUGAAGAUCCACGUCAAGUCCUCGCCUACCUCCGAGCCCGCCGACAUGUACGACUCCCCGCCGCAUCAGCACCAGGCCCCGCACCCGGCGCUCCUGGAGCCUCUGGAUCUCAAGAUGAGCCGCAUGGCGCCCGCCUUCACGUCUCGGACCGGCAAGUUCCCGCUGCUGGACCUGAAGGCGGCCGGCGAGGCCGACCACAAGCUGCUGCUGCGGAGCGCCUCCCCGGCCACCAUGCCGCUGGACCUCUCCCUGUCGGGCCUGAAGAGCCAGCUGGCCCAGCAGCAGCAGAGCAGCCGAGCCGCGCGGCGCAGUCAGCGCUGCGUCAACCCGGCGUUGCCUCACCUGUCGAACAUUAAGGAGUGGUACGUCUGCACCAGGACUGCGGCGCCCGACUUCCCCCUGCUCCACCACGACCACAUCAAAUCAGAACCCAGUGACGAUGAGGAGUACGGCACGUAGGAGCCGCUGCACGGCGGCCCGGCCGCGGGUCCAUCUGAUCCCGGCCAGAACAGGCGUUGUUGGUCCGACUCAUGCUGGAGAAGUGACCUCAGACUCCAUACCGAGCAGCAGAACUGUGAUCAGACCGGUUCUGUCCCAGUUCAGACGGUGUUGGUGCACUAAUCUCAACUAACACCAGGAAACCCAUCGCAGGACCAGAACCAGUUCCAGAAUCAAGGGCUCAUUGAAACCAGGUCCAAACCAGCAGGUUCCACCUUCCAUGUGGUUUGUAGACAAACACAAGACCACUGAGCGACCCCUGGUGUCUGGCUGCAGUAAUAUGGUCCGCCCCCUCUCACGGAGGGUCAUAGGUCAAAGUUAGGAGAAACAGGAAGUGCCUGUGUUGAGGCGUGGCUCCAGAUGUGAAUGUAAACGGAUACAUUCAGGACCGGUUCUUAGAUCGGGUCGGAGCUGAUCUGUGAGCGGAUCUUUCUCAACCUCUCCUCCGGAUUUGCAUCAAACGGUCGGGAAAGACAUGAUGACCAGCUGCUCAGUUAGGAUGGCCCCGGAGUCAGUACCAUUGUACUAUGUCAGAGUAGUAGAGGAAAGUUCUGAUGAGCAUCGAGUUGUUUCAGUAAAGUUGAAAAACAUUAAGCAGCAAAAAAAGCUACACAUCAGAGCUUCUUUCUCUGCGCUGGUCAUAAUGUUUUGGCUGGUCUCCGUGGACUUAAUAUCGAAGUCAGAAAAUGUCUUCCUAAGGUCCGCUCACAUGAUCCAGUGCAGAGGACGUGUGAAAAUGACGAGCAGCUACUUUGUGUUGGUUUGUCGUCACUCGGUCAAGUUUGUGUUUCACUGCCAGCAGGUCUUCUGUUUCCUGAUGUAAACACACGCACACGCUCGUUCUCCAGUGUUCAUACUGUAUUUCUGUGCGUGGAUCGACUCUUGUGUUGUCUCGGAGCCCGACAUGAGUAAAAAUCCAAUCAAAAGAGACUCAGGAAUGUGCUGUGACUCGUCUCCAUGGUAACCUUGGUGACGCCAUACGAACAUCACCAGACCGCGUGUUUACCUCGUCACUUCAAAUAUGAAACACAUGUCGCCAUUGAAUAGUGGGUGUUCGGACGCUGAAGUUGACUGAGCUCCAGCAGGGGGCGCUGUGACCCCCACCCCACCCCCUUCACCGCGUCACACUGCCACACUUUAUUUCGCUGAGGUUUUUGUGUUUAAGUGAUAUAGAUAAUUUUCCAGGUUCACGGACGGUCGUCCGGUGCGAGAACCUGCAGGUACAGUCGCCCACCGAUGACGCCAUACCGUGCUGUGUUGUCCCGGGAUUUUUUUUUUUACUUUUUAAUGUGACAUGAAAUGAAAGAAAUUAAAAUUGGAAGUGACAUGUUGAACGGAUUUUCACUAUGCACGGAACACCUGUAAAAUGAGAAGGACGAACUUGAGUAUGACGUGCUCCUACCGCAGAGGACGAUUUAUCGUUGCAGAAAAAUCGACCUUCUCUUCUGAAAAGACGUUUAUGCGCCUAUGACGUUUAUUUUUAAACAGAUUAAAACAGCGCGUUGGUGUUUGAGAUUUUCCCAGAUUGUGGUGUUACACGGAUAUUGAAGCGGGUUUUUCUGCAACGUUCCUUAUUGCGCCGCAAAUGCGUCACAUGAACAAUGUUCGUCUGUUUGUUAAUGUCAACGCUUUAUGUGCGGAAAACCCGCCCUAGAAACGCUCAUUUGAAGUUUCAAUUCAUCGCAAAGCAAAUGAAUCCCCGCGCGACACGGCACGGUGUGACGUCAUCAGCAGGCGGCAGCAGCCGGUCGCUCUUGUUCUGAUCGUCACUCAGCAUCUUGUAUUAAACCGCAGCAGGAGAACUAACUCUGGUCCGUGCAAGUCUUUGUGCUGAAGCACGGCGGGUGGAGCGAUGAGCUGGAUCCAGGUGUUCUGUUUGUCAAGUAGCCUCAGGUGGAACGCUCAUGUUGGUGUGGAGUAGCCAGAGGAGACCACGUGUCACUGCCAUCAGGGAAUCAGACAGUCACGGGAAGCUUCCUCCUCGUGGCUGACGUCAGCUGUUGACGCUUGCAGAAGAGAAGUCAAGGAACAAACGUUGCAGGAAAAAAAAAAAAAAAAAAAGCUUGAAUAAACAAAAUGCAUUUUCCAUCAAAAAGCGAGUGUUUCUGUUGGUGUGGUGUCGCCAGCCUUGUUGGUUGUGAGCAGGGAUGAGUGAGUCCAUGCUAGAAAAAGAAUUUUAUUGAGGCAUGAACACGAGCAGAAGAAGGUCAUGUGACCGUCGAUGAAUGUUUUCUGGAGUCAGCUCAGUCAAACAUUUGGAGCACAUUCAUUCAGAAGUGGUUGACAGUCACAUGACUUCAUAUCGGUCGAAGACAGAAGGCAGCGUGUUCUGUACAGUCCAGUGAGAGAGGCGCCGCCACAUCAUCCCACUCAGCAAAACUAAUGAGCUACAAACACCAGAGGGAGGACGACGGCAGUGGU